AUGUCCCUGGCGGAGGAACAAGAGGGAUAUCAUCCCCAGCAUCUCGAGCCCAGCGAGUUGGGUACAAAGGAAUACUGGGAGACGUACUACGACAACUCGCUCGCUCACUUUCUAUCCUCUAAGCGGGACGGGAGAAGACGCCGUGAUGAGCAGCAGACGGACGGAGAUGACGACGAAGACGAAGACCAAGGGGAGGACGACGAUUCAGACAUAGGGACGUCCUGGUUCAGCGAACACAAUGCCCCUCAGAAGGUGCUGGACUUUAUGACCUCAGAGAAGUUCCCGCUUGCGCCGGACUACUCGCAGACAGACAGAGAGCCGGACAUACUUGACCUGGGGACAGGCAAUGGGAGCAUGCUGACGCUGUUACGGGAAGAAGGCGGGUUUACAGGGCCCAUGGUGGGAGUGGACUAUUCGAUCAAGAGCAUUGAGCUGGCCAGGCAGUUGGCGGGCCAAAGCGACGGUCAGAAAGAAGGAGAUGGAGGGAUACGGUUCGAGGUAUGGGACAUUCUUGACCCAAGGCACGAAGAGGACAUACGUGGUGGUGUGUUUGGCAAGGAGGUGGACUGGUUCCCGUUCGAGCAGGGCGGGUUUGAUAUCGUGCUUGACAAGGGCACCUUUGAUGCCGUCUCUCUGUCCGCUGAAGGAGGGAGUAGGAGGAUAUGUGAGAAGUAUCCUGGCGUUGCACUCAUGUUGGUGAAGAAGGGAGGGUUCUUCAUUAUUACCAGCUGCAACUGGACGGAGAGCGAGCUGGUCUCAUGGUUCACUGCCGGAGACCACGGUGACUGCUUCACGGUGUAUGACCGGGUUGAAUAUCCCAAGUUCCGGUUUGGCGGACAGGAAGGGCAGGGAGUAUGUACGAUAUGCUUCCAGAGGAAUAGAUAA